AUGUCUUCCGACGACGCCUACAUGUCCUUUUUGGACAAAGCAAACGCAGACCUCAACAACGGGCGAGCACAGCAGUUUCAGGCAUCAUCCACCGUCCGCACCGAGACCGUCGACAUGGGUGUUCAAGUUCCCGCGCCGCUGACAUCCGUCGAUGCAUUCUACGUUUCUGAGACGGACGAACCAUUCGAACCGGUCACAUUGAAGUGGGAGGGAGCUUCGCGUGGUCUUUGGCCUGAUGCCGCGCAUCUGUCGAACCUCAUCUCUCCCUGCACGGACCUCUCCUCGUUCAUUACGACUCUUCCCCCCACAUCAUUCGAUCCCAGAAACCAGUACUCGCGCCCUCUUCGUGCAGUCCGCGCUGCAGCUAUUCAGGCCUCUGGAGGCGGCGAACCCGGAAGGGAUGAAUCCGUGGUGGAGGUGAAGGUGUAUCGAGUCGAAGUCGGGACAUCGCGAGUGGACUAUUAUAUUUUGGCAUUGGAGGUUGAGAAGGGAUUGUUAGUGGGGUUGAGAGCGAAGGCUGUUGAGUCAUAA